AUGCAGCUGAGCGAGCACACGGAGAUGACGUGGGUGGGCGUCGCCUGCGCGGCAGCGAGCGCUGUGGUCGUGCCGCUGCUGCUGCAUCGCAUCUUCUUCUUCAAGAAGGUGGAUCAUGGGCGAACAGCAGGCAGCUGCUCGCUUGAGGAGUACAUGAUUAAGCAUGAAAUGAGUGAGACAGAAGCCAAGUUUCAGGUGGCCGUGGACUUUAUCGCUGCACAGAAGGACAACAAGAUGACGAACGAGCAGAAAUUGACUCUUUAUGCGUUCUAUAAGCAAGCACACUUUGGCAAAUGCAGUGUGGAUAAACCGUCUAGCGCGGAUAUCGUGGGGAACGCGAAGUGGGAGAGUUGGAAGGCUUUGGGUGAUUUGGACCAGGAAGUAGCAAAGCAGCAGUAUUUGGAGUGCGUGCAAGAUCUCUUCGAGGAGUUCGACGUGCAUGGUCCCAAGACAUGGCGCUCAUCGUUGAUUUCACCGUCAAAUGUCGCAAACAAGACAAUGGCGUUGUGCGACCAUAUUUCAAUGGCUGGAGCUGUCAGUAUGCCGGAGGUGAAUAUGUCAACGGAUGAGUGGAAGGUGAAAGAUGACGUUUUUCACUAUGCCAGCACGGGAGAUUUGGACAAGCUUUUGCCUGCAUUGGACCAAGGAGAAGACAUCGAUACUCAGGACCCUGAAGGACGGACCAUGUUGCAUUGGGCUGUCGAUCGUGAUCAAACAGCGGUAGUGGAGGAACUGCUGCACCGCAAGGCGUUACCAAACGUUCAAGACAAGGACGGUAUGACACCGCUACAUUACGCAGCGAGCUGCGAGCACGAGGGGAUGGUUGAGUUGCUGGUAAGAAAUGGAGCCUUCGUGGAUAUAGAAGACUUCGAUGGUGACACGCCCUUCAUGACGGCCUCGAGCCCUGCGCUUCAGGAGAUCAUGGCUGAUGGUCCCACCAGUAGUACUCUGUAG